CUUUCGGCUCAGAGGAGGCCAAGGUGCAACUUUCUUUGGUCGUCCAGAAUCCGGGUUCAUCCGACACCAGCCACCUCCCUAGUGCCGCCGAAGUUUGACCCCAACGAGAUCAAAGUCAUAUACCUGAGGUGCACCAGGGGUGAAGUUGGUGCCACUUCUGUGCUGGCCCCCAAGAUCGGCCCCCUGGGUCUGUCUCCAAAAAAGGCUGGUGAUGACAUUGCCAAGGCAACGGGUGACUGGAAGGGCCUGAGGAUUACAGUGAAACUGACCAGUCAGAACAGACAGGCCCAGAUUGAGGCGGUGCCUUCUGCCUCUGCCCUGAUCAUCAAAGCCCUCGAGGAACCACCAAGAGACAGAAAGAAACAGAAAAACAUUCAACACAGUGGGAAUAUCACGUUUGAUGAGAUCUUCAACAUUGCUCAACAGAUGCAGCACCAAUCUUUUUUUCACCAAUCUUUAGCCAGAGAGUUCUCUGGAACCAUUAAAGAGAUCUCAAGGACUGCCCAGUCUGUGGGCUGUAAUGCUGAUGUCCGCCACCCUCAUGACAUCAUAGAUGACAUCAACAGUGGUGCUGUGGAAUGCCCGGCCAGUUAA